AAUGUUCAGCACCUCAAACACAACAGCAGUGAUGGAGUACUACGACGAUCCUUCCAACUAUUCCUUCGAGGGUUCAGGCUGUAACAGCACCAACUGCUCAGAUGAUGACGAUGACUCUGAUUAUUACUGUGGGCCCAACGAGCAGCAGGAACACAUCUUCAAGAUGUUCCAGACGGGUGCUUUCUGUCUGAUCUUUCUGCUCGGCAUCGUGGGAAACUGCCUUGUGAUCGCCACCUUCGCCCUCUACCGCCGCCUCCGGCUCCGUUCCAUGACGGAUGUCUUCUUGGCCCACCUGGCGCUUGCGGACCUCCUCCUGCUCCUCACACUCCCCCUGCAGGCCACCGACACCCACCUGGGUUGGGUCUUCUCUGACUUCCUGUGCACGGUGAAUCGAGCGUGCUACGCCAUCAACACGUACAGCGGGCUGCUGCUGCUAGCCUGCAUUAGCGUGGACCGCUACAUGGUGGUGGCCCGAGCCCAGGAGAUGCUGCGGCUGCGCAGUCAGAUCCUAACAGCAGGGAAGGUGGCUGCCGUGGGGGUCUGGUUCGUGGCGGUUCUCCUGAGCCUACCUGAAAUCCUCUUCUCGGGGGUUUCAGGGAAUGGUGGACAGGCUUACUGUGGCAUGCAGAGGAGUGGCCAAGUCAAGAUGGCCACCAAUGGAGCCAUCAUAGCGGUCUUCUGCGUGUCCUUCGUCAUCAUGGUGACGUGCUACACCCGCAUCGGUUUGGUUCUGUGGGAGGGGCGUGUUCAUCGCAGAGGGAAACCGUGGCAUCGUCAGCGUACGCUGAAGCUGAUGGUGGCUCUGGUGAUGGUCUUCCUGAUCUUCCAGCUGCCGUACACCGUGGUGCUGUCACACAAACUCAAACUGGCGGGUCAGUUCUGCGACCUGCUGUGGGAGUACAUCACCUGCACCCUGGCCUACACCCGCUGCGCCCUCAACCCCGUCCUCUACGCCCUGGUGGGCGUGCGCUUCCGUAAAGACGUGCUGCAGCUCGUCCACGACUCCGGCUGCCCCUGCGGGUUCCACUUCAGCCUGCAGACGGUGAGCUCCACGUCCAUCUCCGCCACCUCUCCGGCUCUCACCGUGCUCUCCGCCUGCUCGCCGGUGUCUCCGGAUCGCAGCAACUCCAGCAGCGACGCCAUGGCUCCCCUCAAAUUUCAGUUCCCAGCUUACAAAUGA